AUUCGAGAUGUUUUCCUUAUAUUGCCUUUCUAAGGCAUAGAUUAUCCUGCACUAUGAAAUGGACAGAUCACACUGACAGUGAAUAAUUCUGGUCACUGACUGCAAUGAAAUGAUGCCAUCCACUUCUUUUUAUAUCUAACACAGAGCACAUUGUAUGACACUCCUAUCACACUGUCACAUCUAACGCAAUGACAAACACAAGACAUUGUCUCAUCUGAUGCAAUGCUUAAGAAUGAGACAUACUAGACACUGACACAACGAGCACAGUGAACAACUUGAUACCAAUGACUCAGCAAAAUUCAUUUAGCAUCCAGAGGGAGGUGCAGAUGAGGUUUCUUAGUCCCAGUGAUAUCGAUGAUAUAAAGAAGCUUUGUGCAGAUUGGUUUCCUAUUGACUAUCCAGAGAACUGGUUCAAGGACAUCACCUCCAACACCAAGUUCUUCUCUCUGGCAGCAACUUUCAAUGGGCAGAUUAUUGGAAUGAUUGUAGCUGACAUAAAACCUAGGAGCACAUGCAAUAAGGAGGACAGUGAUCUCCUUGCUUCCCACUAUCCUGCCAAUAUACAGGUGGCUUAUAUUCUCAGCUUAGGAGUAGUGAGAGACUUCAGGAAUCAUGGAAUAGACAUACUAGACACUGACACAACGAGCACAGUGAACAACUUGAUACCAAUGACUCAGCAAAAUUCAUUUAGCAUCCAGAGGGAGGUGCAGAUGAGGUUUCUUAGUCCCAGUGAUAUCAAUGAUAUAAAGAAGCUUUGUGCAGAUUGGUUUCCCAUUGACUAUCCAGAGAACUGGUUCAAGGACAUCACCUCCAACACCAAGUUCUUCUCUCUGGCAGCAACUUUCAAUGGGCAGAUUAUUGGAAUGAUUGUAGCUGACAUAAAACCUAGGAGCACAUGCAAUAAGGAGGACAGUGAUCUCCUUGCUUCCCACUAUCCUGCCAAUAUACAGGUGGCUUAUAUUCUCAGCUUAGGAGUGGUGAGAGACUUCAGGAAUCAUGGAAUAGCCUCCCUACUUCUGGAAACACUACUCCAACACUUAACAACGAGUGAGCGCCAAAAUUGUAAAGCUGUCUAUCUUCAUGUACUCACAGCUAAUGCCACAGCUAUCAGGUUCUAUGAGAGGCGCAACUUUAAGCUCCACAGUUUUUUACCAUAUUAUUAUUCCAUAAAGGGGUCCCCCAGUGAUGGGUAUACAUAUGUUCUGUAUAUCAAUGGUGGAGAACCUCCCUGGACUGCCUUUGACUAUUUGCGCAAUGUUGGCCAUUUCUGCAGUAGCCUGGUCCAAGUCCAAGUUUGUGCAAUUCCACAACGCCUCUUUCAUCAUCUGAGGAGCUGGGUGAAGAAAGUAGUUCUAGGCUCCCCGGAUUCUGACAUCAGGCAGUUUACACAUCACAGCUGACAAACUUCCGCAGUGGAGAUCAUUUGAAAUCUUGGCUGUUUGUUGUGGCUUUGUGCAUUUACAAUGUAUCAUAUGACCAUCAAGAUAAAAAAAAA